UGCAUCAGUUUCUGGUACACUAUUCUUCCUUCUUAACAGACCCUCCCUUUCUAUCUAUCUAUAUAUCCCACUCACCUUCCAAUACCUCCCCUGAUCUCCAUCCCUCUCUCCAUCCCUAACUAACCACUCUUCCAUCUUCUCAAUCACCGAUGUGCACCCGCGGUCACUGGCGCCCAUCUGAGGACCAAAAGCUCCGCCAACUCGUCCACCAGUACGGUCCUCACAACUGGAACGCCAUAGCUGAGAAGCUACAAGGCAGAUCAGGAAAAAGUUGCAGAUUAAGAUGGUUCAACCAACUGGAUCCAAAGAUCAACAGAAGUCCGUUCACAGAAGAGGAAGAGGAACGGCUGUUAGCAUAUCAUCGCGAGUUCGGGAACCGAUGGGCUAACAUUGCAAAGUUGUUCCCUGGUAGAACCGAUAACGCGGUUAAGAACCAUUGGCAUGUGAUCAUGGCUCGUAGAGUACGUGAAAGGUCCAGCCGGUUGCACCACCAGAGAACCAAAGCUGCUAUUGAUCAAGCAUUUUCAGAAAGAUAUCAUCAGUACACUAAUUUGCCUUAUGACGUCUCAAGAAAUCUAGUGUCUCACCUACAAUACUCAAAGAAUUUGGUUCAACAAUUCAAGGUUGAUCAUGAAGAUAAAAGAGAUCGAUCUUUGGAGUUCUACAACUUUCUCCCUGUAAAUACAGACUCCAACAGGAGUGAAGUAAUCGACCAUAAAAACAAAGAUGAGGUUGAGGUGGAGCAAGAAGCAACCAAACAGCAAGGGAGUGACAUGACCAUACCAUUCAUAGAUUUCUUUUCGACCGGUUAAGGUGCAUCGAGAAGCCAAAAACAUUUAGGAUGAUUAUUUGUGAACUCAUAGUUUGAUCAUGUAACACAAAUGAACCUAUGAUCAAUCUCAAGAUAUACAAACUUUAUAUACACAUUAAGUUGUCUAUACAUUAACAUUUGUUUUACGAAGAACCAUGUUCAUGAGAACAAUGUGUGCAUUGAUGAAAGAUUAUUAUUUGUUGCGCUA